AUGGUCAAAACACACUGGUCAUCAUCUGCAACUGCUCUAUCGUUGCUGCUCAACACGUUCCAUGCCCCCACCGCCAGUGCCAUACAAACCAUCUCGGCGGUUGGUUCAAAAUUCUUCUACGAAGAUGGCACCCAAUACUACAUCAAAGGCAUCGCCUAUCAACUCAUUCCCGAAGAUCCCCUGAUUGACACCGCUCAAUGCACGCGAGAUGCCGCCCGCAUGGCCGAGUUGGGCACCAAUGCAAUCCGUGUGUACCAUGUGGACCCUAAAGCCAACCACGACGGAUGCAUGAAAGCUUUCGCAGAUGCAGGCAUUUACCUGUUCGUCGAUCUCGACACGUUCGACACCGCGAUCUCCCAGGUAUGCACUUACCACCACCACCAUCUAUACCCUAUUCGUGACCUAUCACCCGACCCAUCAUCGUAUCAGGCCGCCAACAAAACCCUUACCCAUACUAACCACUUCAUCCCCAUUUUACAGGACGACCCCCACUGGGACCAAUCCCAAUUCGACAGCUUCAAAGCCGUGCUGGACGCCUUCCAGAAAUACGACAACACCGCCGGAGUCUUCGUCGGUAACGAAGUCCUCACCACCAAGGACGGCUCCGCCGCCGCCCCCUACGUGCUAGCCGCAGCCCGCGACAUCAAAUCCUAUCGCAAUGCGCAGCACUACCGCUCCAUCCCAGUCGGCUAUUCGGCCGCAGACAUCGCCGAACUGCGCCCCAUGCUGCAGAACUACCUAGCCUGUCGCUCUGACCCCGCCGAACGACUCGAUUUCUUCUCCCUCAACGCCUACGAAUGGUGCGGUGACUCCUCAUACGAGCUGUCCGGCUACCAAACCCUCCAAGAUGAAGCAGAAGGCUACCCCAUCCCCAUCUUCUUCUCCGAAACAGGAUGCAACGUAGCUCGUCCCCGCACCUUCUCCGACCAGGCCGCCAUCUUCGGUGACCACAUGUCGGGCACCUGGUCUGGCGCUAUGAUCUACGAAUGGAUCGAGGAAACAAACGACUACGGCCUGAUCGAGUAUGGCCCUCCCGGCGCCGACACUCCCCCAACCGCUACCAAGAACAUCAUCGUCCAGGACGGCUUCACUCGCCAGGGUGAACCCACCCCGAUCCAACCUGACUUUGAUAACCUCAAGAACCAGUGGGCUACGCUCGACCCUACCGGCGUCGCUCUAUCCGACUAUGUCAAAUCCACCGCGGCUAUCUCCCCUCCGGAAUGCCCUGCCUCGACAGACGGUGGAUGGGCCGUGGAUCCAUCCGCCCCGCUCCCAACUAUAGGCCAGGCCUUCGUCCAUGCUGAUGAUGAUGAUAACAACUCUGGUGGUGAUGAUGGUGCUACCUCUCCCGCUUCCGCCACCGCAACUACCACAGGUACUGCAUCCGAGUCAGGAGCAGAUUCUUCGAAAUCAGUAUCAAACAAGCAGUCUUCUCCCUCUUCAGGUACAAACCCAAGCGGAGUAGCCGCUUACAGUCCAUCAAGCGGGGCUUCGUCCAUGCAUGCUGGAAAUGGUGGUGGCUUUCUGUUCCGUCUUGAUGUGUCUGCUCUGUUUUGUGUGGUUAUUGGGGGCGUGGCGUGGUGGUUGUAG